UCGAUUUAACACUGCUAAAUUUGACAUAACCUCCUAGUGUAGACCAGCCCUAAGUUUUCUUUAACCGUCUUAAGAUCUGUUUCUUUAUCUGGUGGUGAUGCGCACUAUCCGGACAGUAUCAUCUUCCUAACAGCCCAAUAGCACCUUAUUUCAACAUGACUGGUUUGGGAGAUGAGGAUGUGACCGUACACUUCCCAGCUUAUGGCUGCCCCUGCUGCUUAGCCAAAGGCCUUAGCCUGAGAACAAGGCCUCAGACUCUCCUAGUGAGACAAGGCCCAGACACAGGCGGACUGUGAUUUUGAUUCUUAGCUAAUUACAGGGGUAUAAAGACAAAGUGAUAAAAAUACACCUAAGUUCUUAAAGUAUAGGCUUUACAGGCAGGCCUGAAUUUCUCUAUUCUAACAGUAGGUUCUACCCCUUCCCCCAUUCUGUGUCUGUCUUGUCUAUUUAGAUUGUAAAUUCUUCAGGGCAUGGGCCAUCUUCUAUUCUCUGUUUGUACUUUGCCUAGCACAAUGGGGACCCACUGUUAGUUGGUCCUUAGGCAUUAAGGUAAUGCAUAUGAUUUAUAAUAAUAAUAACUCUCAUGCCACUUUGAGCCAAGGAAGCUGGCCUUGGGAUGUUACUGCUUAAAAAUGAGCUGGGGUUCAAACCAUGGAAUAUUCUUUGUGACAAGUAUCCCACAAAUUCCACUGACCUCCCUUGUUUUCUUUGCCUGGAGUAGGGUUUCCAAUUUCCAAACCUGAUGUGAUCUCGCAGCUGGAACAAGGGGAAGAGCCAUGGGUCCCGGACCUCCAGGGCUCUGAGAAAGAAGUGCUCCCGAGAGCUGCCUACACAGGGUGUGACCUAUGUCUGGAUUCUCUCUGUCUCCCAUCAGGUGAUGGGAUGGUGAGUGAGAAUAAGGAGGAGAAACCCCAGGAGGAAGAUGCUGAGCAAGUGGAUCCACAUGGGACGUUAUCAGGAAGAUGCAAAGGCAAUGUUUCCAGGUGUUGUGCACUCCGAGAAAAAGCAAAAGGCUGUGAGACUCAGCAGAAGCCAGAGGAAAACUUCAGUAGGCACUCAGACCUUAUUACACGUGACAGAAUCCACUUGGAAGAGAUAUGCUACAAAUGCCAUGAGUGUGGGAAAAGCUUCAAUCGGAGCUCAGACCUUGUCACACAUUGGAGAAACCACACUGGAGAGACGCCCUACACAUGCUCUGAGUGCGGGAAAAGCUUCAAUAAGUUCUCAAACCUUAUCACGCAUCAGAGAAUCCACACUGGAGAGAAACCCUACACAUGCUCUGAGUGUGGGAAAAGCUUCACUCACAGCUCACACCUUGUCACACAUCGGAGAAUCCACACGGGUGAGAAACUUUAUAAAUGCUCUGAGUGUGGGAAAUGCUUCAUUCAUAGUUCAGCUCUCAUUUCACAUCAGCAAAUCCACACAGGGGAAAAGCCGUACACAUGCUCUGAGUGUGGGAAAAGCUUCAAUCGGAGCUCACACCUUAUCAGACAUCGUAGAAUCCACACAGGAGAGAAGCCCUACACAUGCUCUGAGUGCGGGAAAAGCUUUAAUUGCAGCUCUACCCUGAGAACACAUAGGAGAAUCCACACAAGUGAUAAACCUUAUGGAUGCUCUGAGUGUGGGAAAUGCUUCAUUCAUAGUUCAGCCCGUAUCACACAUCAGCGAAUCCACACAGGAGAGAGGCCCUACACAUGCUCUGAGUGUGGGAAAACCUUCAGUCGGAGCUCACACCUUAUCCAACAUAAGAGAAUCCAUACAGGGGAGAUGCCCUACACAUGCUCUGAGUGUGGGAAAAGUUUCAAUCAGAGCUCAAGCCUUAUUACACAUCAGAAAAUCCACAUGAGAGAGAACUGUAAUAAAUGCCUUGACUAGGGCUGGCGAAAGAAUUUUGCACCAUCUUCACCGUGAUCUCUCAGCUCCACCAGAUGAGUUGCCUGCUUCUACCUUUUGCAGCUCACCUUCUUUGGAGUCAGUCCUGUGAUCUUUUCUGUCAACUCCUUUCCUUUUGAGUUAUAGGAGUGUGUGUCCCUCCAGCCAGGAAUGUUCAUCAUCUCCAGGUGGGGGAGAGAGGUUUGAUAAAACAAGGUACACUGAGGCAAAAACUACCUGUGUCUUACAUCCACUAGGACUGUACAUGGCAUUGGCUGCUCAAGUUAGUGAUCUUGGUAUAAAAAGACAAUUAUAGUUGUAGAGCAGAUGCAGCCCAGGUGCAGUGAUUGGCAUUAGCUUCCCCCUUGACCUGACCUAAACUCCAUCACUUUUCCUAAUCUAAACAAACCCUGAGCAUCAUGGUUAUACUGUUCCCCCAUUUCAAAGCAAUUGUUAGUUAUCAAGUUCCCCUUCGGGCAGGGCCGACUUUAGCA